AUGACGAAUAAGAGAAAGGCAAGACCGGUAGCUGCAGCUACUCCAACGACAACAACCACUGCGCCUGCGUCUGCACCUGUUGUGUCAGAAUCAGAGGAGCUUAGACUAAAGGGCAAUCAAUUAUAUACAAAGGGUCAGAUCAAGUUGGCUUUGAAGACGUAUGCUGAAGCACUGGCCAUUGCUCCCAAUGACUUUACAGUCGUUUCGAAUCAAGCAGCAUGCCACUUUGAGCUCGGUGACUACAACGCAGCCAUCGAGACCUCAAACAGGGUGCUCACAAUGAUUGCUGAGCAAGGCGGCAACGAUCCCAGUCAGCUCACCAAGAAGAACAUGACCCGUGUCAUCAAGGCACUGUUCAUACUCAAUGAUCGCGACAAGUUGGUCCCAUUGCUCGCCCAGAGUGAAGACUUUAUCAAGGGUACUCCAGAAGUCGAUGCUAUCUAUCGCGCGAUGGCCAGUGAAACUGCCGAGCUCGAGAGACUGCAGGCGCAGCAGGACGCCCAUCACAUGGUCCUGAUCCCAGACUUGCCUCGCUUCUUGCCCAAGCGCACACGUAUCUUGGAGUACUUUGUUGUGGGCCAUGACCAUCCUGCCAGCGCACUCGUGGGCACCGAAGUCAAGCUCACCACGAAGGAGCACGUCAGGAAGGACGGCCAGCUCCAGCGCCACUACGACAAGGACACACUCCAGGUGUCCAAGCAUCCCCACAUGUCCUUCUUCUACGGUGGCUGCAGCGAUGCCCGUCACGCCCUGAUCACAUACGCCGAUCUCGGUCGUCAGCUGUCGACAAUGCCCGUCAACACCAAGCUACACAUGACACUCAACGACAUCAACCCAUGUCCAAUCGCACGUGACAUUAUCAUCACGUACCUUCUCUACUCAAUCGGUGGCCAUUCAACCAUUGACGCAAUCUACACAGACAAACAAGCCGCAUUGGAUGCAUCUCUGCUGUACUACGUCUACUUUGGUGUGGCCAUGCCCACGGCCACAUACACGCGACUCAUGCAGUUGAUCGACGAGCUGAUGGCGUUGGACGCCGACAAGCUUCCCGAAUAUCUUAUCAUCGACAGGGAAUCAUGGGCGCUCGUGCGCAACUCGUUGGAUUACUGGCGCAGCGAAAAAAAGAUCAAGUCAAAGACGAUGAUGGAGCAUUACAAGUUGAGCUCAGACUAUGAGGUGCCCGAGGAGGACUAUACCAACCCAGAGAUGCUCAAGAACAAGGAGAUCGUCGAGGCCGAUCGCCAACGCAUGCUCGCGCAGAUCAACAACUUCGACGCCAUGAAGAAGGCGUACCCGGGACUGACACGCGAAGAGUUUGAGAAGCGCAGAAAGGUAAUGACCGAAGAGAUCAUGAGAAAGGCCGACACGGAGCUGAUGGGCCAGCUCCGUCUGCCCAUUCACCAGGACAACUCAUGGCUCAUUGUGUUCAAGGCGAUACCGGUGCCAAAGCCACUGCUGCUGUGCGAGAACACUGGUGUCGAGAAGGAGAUAUUCAACCUGUCCGAGAAGAUCACCAUGAAUAUCAGGUCGGGCAACUCGGCCAAGGCCGAAGCACACAAGGCAGAGAUCAAGAAGUUGUUGGCCAACUGGAAGCCAAACGUCACCUUCUUGGACAAAGAGAGCAAGAUCUUUGAGUUCCAGAACAUGGAGUUCCAGCCAAUCGAGGAGUUGGAUAGCUUCCUCUCCAUGAAGUGGUUGGGCGAACCAGCAAUGGAUGACCCGACGUUCUUUGACUACUUUAUCAACUUCUUUUAUAGGUCUGGCAGAGGCAUGCGCCAACUUGUAGACCUCAAGUACCUGGCGAUUGAGAUGUGCGUUGGAGAUAUGCACAAGCACCUCGAGAGGAUAAGAUCACGCCCCAACAACAUCAUACAAAGCCUACCAAACUCAUUCGAUCGAAUAUUCUUGAGCAACGUACCAGACUACAUGGGCCAUCUGUCCGUCUUUUCAGAUGUUGUCAAAAGUCUAAAGUUCGUGCCACAUGCCUACAUCAAGUUCAACAUCUAUCUCAACAAUGGCAUGUUCAGGGAUUACGCCGAGGCUGUCACCACUCACACUCUUUUGCACCAACCCAUCUCCAACUUGCCGAGGUUCCUGGGCAUAGGCUGUCCCGCCAACGCAAACAUAUGGAACGACACCAAUUGGACACAGCGUGCAGCCAGUCUGCCGCUCCAAAUUGAGUCACUCGCCACCAAGGAUGAGCUGUGGCAGUGGCUGGUGCGCAUGCUUAUCAAUGUCAUGCUGCCCGCCAAGAUCAUCCCCAACCAGCCAUGCACCAUCAACUACCCCAACAACAUGUCGAUCUAUUUCCGCAUUCUCGAGAGACUGCGCGACAUUGGAUACCCUCUGCACUGGUUGACAACCUUUACCGAUCAGUUGUUAUCUGGCGAGGUGAACUCGACCGCCACACUCACUCCCAAGCGUGUUGUCCCAUCAGACACACCGAGGGGCCCGGCCACGACCAUCUACACCAACGCGUUCCGUCUCGAGCUUAGGACGUUGGCCGCGAUCUGGAUGCGCCAGUCACUGCGCACACGUAUCACCGCGCCUCUCCCACAACCAUCUGACAUCCAAAAGUGGCGCAUCAAGUCCUUUAUCAUGCACGACACAGCAUGGGGAGGCAGGGUACUGACCAACCCCAAUACACCAGUAAUCUCAGCCGCGAUCUACUAUGAUCGUUGCCCCAAGCAGUACCAGAUGGUUACAGUGGUGCACAUGUCAAAUGGCGACGAGAUAUCCGACAACCUCAGGAGGAACGUGGUGGACAAUGUGUCCAUCAGCCAGCAGAUUCAGUUCAUCACAAUGAUUGAGUGGUGCGAUAUCACGAGGAGUUUGGUGUUCUGGAUGUCUCGCGAGGACAUGAAGACGCUGGUGGACAACAAUGCCAAGAUAGCAGUCUAUCGCAAUGAUGCAUACCGUGCCAUCACCAAUUCGAUCGAUAUCAAGCUUGCAAAGAAGUUCGACAUGGAAGAGCAUCUGCAAGAAUAUGCAUCAGAGAACAACAAUCUUGCAAAGAAGGCUGGUGCUGUCAAUCCAUUCGAGAUGUAUCGAUCGAUGUAUCCCGAUGUAGAGUUCAACGACGAGGAUGAUGAGUUUGACUACUUCAACAACGAUAGUGAUGAUUCCGAUGAAGAUGAUGACGAUGAGGACGAGGAUGAGGACGAGGAUGAAGACGAGGAAGAGGAUGGGGACGAUGACGAGGAAGAGGAGGAGAACCUAUACUCAGACUCGGACUAA